CCCACACCUCCCAGUCUCGGGCUCCCAGACAUACCUUCUCUUCCCCUUGGCAUUCCCGCUCCCAUUCCCUUCCUACCUCCUCUCUUGAUCUUCAUCCUAGCCAAUCCCCACCAGAAGAAAGACAGAGCAAAAGAUAGAGAGUAGAAGAAAGAACAGAAAUCAAAAUGGACCCCUCACUCGUCAAAAUCCCGCCUAUGAAGAACCUCACGGUCGACAACAUCACCGACAACGUCAUCCAGAUUAACUCGCUCUGCUCGGAUCCACGCCUGAAAUACAUUCUCGAGAGACUGGUAUCCCACCUGCAUGACUUCGCGCGCGAGACGCGACUAAGCACAGACGAAUGGAUGACCGGGCUGCGGUUCCUGACGGAGGUCGGGAAGAUUUGUACGGAUGUUAGACAGGAAUACAUCCUCCUCUCCGACAUCCUGGGCCUCUCGAUCCUCGUCGACUCAAUCGACCACCCCAAACCGGCAGGCAGCACCGAAGGCACCGUACUGGGCCCAUUCCACACACACGAAGCCGAAGAAAUGCGCGCCGGCGACUCCAUGUCCCACGACCCAGCCGGCGAACCGCUCCUUGUCGUCUGCACCCUCAAAGACACCCACGGCAACCCCAUCGAGAACGUGAAGAUCGAUAUCUGGGAGACGGAUUCCACGGGCCACUACGACGUGCAGUAUGCGGGGCGCGACGGGCCCGAUGGCCGGUGCAUCAUGCGCAGUGGCAAGGACGGCGUGUUUUGGUUCAGGGCUAUUACCCCCGUUCCGUAUCCAAUUCCCCAUGAUGGACCCGUUGGCAAGUUGUUGAAGUUGCUGGGGAGACAUCCCUAUAGGCCAAGUCAUAUGCAUUUUAUGUUUGAGAAGGAAGGGUUUGAUCAUUUGAUUACUGCCCUCUACCUCCGCAACGAUCCCUACGAGACCUCCGACGCCGUCUUCGGUGUCAAAGACUCCUUGGUCGUCGAUAUCGGCAAGGCCGGCCCCGAGUACGCCGCCAAGUACGGCGUGUCUGAGGACCACCCCCUCCUCACGUACGACUUCGUGCUCGUGUCCGACGAGGAGACUAGCGAGCUUCGCGCGCGCAACUCCAAGGAGGCGCUGGAUAAGCUGGGCCGGAAGGUGAAGAUCGUGAACGGGUUGCCGGUGCCGGAUUUGGAUUGAUCUACUUAUAUCGGAGAGUUAUUCGAGUACCUACCUAGAGAGUCAUCCGGAUAAGGGAGGGAAUGAGUGAGUGUUUGUAAUUACUACUACUAUCCUUUGUGCUGUAUAUACAUCAAGUCAUGCG